ACGCGUCUAUUUCGACUUUUUCAGAGACUGUGCGUCGUAAAUAAAUAUUAUUAUUUCGCGCAAUGGAAUGGUCAAAAGAUAUGACCACUCGUUCAAUCGAAUUAUUUAGGGAAAAACGCGUAUUGUGGGACCCUACCGUUAUGGAUUUCAAGGACAGAAAUAAGAAACAUGACGCAUGGACUGAAUUAGGUGCUGAUAUGGAAAUGAGUGCAAACGAAGUGGAGAAAAAAAUGCGAAUGCUUAUUGGACAAUUCCAGCGUGAAUUAAAAAAGGGGAAGAGUGGAGAUGGAGCGGACGCUCCAUACAAAUCAAAAUGGAUCUUCUUCAAAAUGCUUCUGUUUUUAAAAGAUAAAAAUGAGCCACGUCAUUCAACUGAAGCUAGUUUCUCACCUUCCAACCAAGAUAUUGUCCAGUCACGGGAUACCAACAAUAGUCAUUUAAUAAUAGAGAAUGAUGGGCAAUUACUCAAUGAGUUACAUCUACAAGUGCAAGAUAAUACAGGAAGCUGUCAACAAAAAACUGUGGACAAAAGCAUUCCUCUCUCUCUCUCGCACCAAGCACCAAGCUUGCAAGCUUGCAAGCAAGCAAGCAAGCAAGCAAAAAGCACUAAGAGGAAAGCAGACGAGAUGUGUGAAGAAGUGUACACGAUAAUAAAACAGUUAUCAAGUAACGUGAAGAAACGAGAUGAGUUUGACGUGUUUGGGGAACAUGUUGCGAAUACUUUGCGAAAUCUAAAAAGCAGAUCAGUUCAAAGCUACACAAAAUUUGAGAUAAGUAGCUCUCUCUACCGAGCUGAGAUAAAUGACCAGCGAACAUCAAAUAGCACACCUGGUUCAUCUAUACGCUCUGAUACAUCUACACCUAUCUUACUUGAUGCUACACCAGAUGCACCAAACUAUUCAUGGAGCUCAGAAAAAAAGUGA